CAUGCGCGUAAGCACUCCGCGCACGCGCACUCGCUACGAAAGCUCUGAACUUUAAAUUUAGAACGUGCGCGAAAAUUGUGAUCGAAAAAGUUCGAACUAAGUCAAGUUGAUUUGUAACUUUUAGUGAUAGUAUUUAGGUUUAAGGAAAUAUGGCUUUGCAAGCCAUAUGCGGAGUUUUAGUGCUUCUCAUUGCUGCGUCCGCUUCAAAUUCGCUAACAUUGAACGAAGAAGCAACAGAUGAUAUCAUAUCAGCAGCGAAAGAAGCCGAAGAUGGUGAAAUCGCCAUCUUAGUUCGAGAGCCUCUCGGAACUAGCUCAGGCCGCGAGGAACUGCUGUAUGCAAAGGGCGCUGAAGAUCACUCUAUCACGCUGUAUUUUAAUUCAAAAAACAAUAAAGUUUACCUCGAGAGCCUGAAUGGUGGGCACCUAAAGUCGGUAUCAUGGGGUCUUGGAACUUCCAAUGGAUAUAUUACCUUGAUAGCUACUCGCUCAAGAGUUAAGAUCUACGUUGGAUGCAAGGCUUUAAAUUGGCAUCCUAUGUCUGGUAAACAUAACGUUCUCAAGCUUUUGGGCAGCCAAAAGCUAAAAUUGUAUUAUGAAAAUAAUACACCAAUAGAGGUACAUAAAAGCGAAAAAGCAGUAGCCCAGUCUAUGAAUUGCAAUCACCAUGAGCUGCUUCAGCCACCAACUCUAGUCACUGUUGAUUCUGAUGUAGAAGAAGUGCAAGACUUUAUAAAAAAAGAGGAACGAUUGAAACACGCAGAGGAAAUGCAGGGGGAUGAUCCAAGGAGUAAUUACAUAGAUCCCAGCAUAUAUCAGCCGUUGCCUCUACCCACAACGCCAUCUUCGCAAAGAGGGGAUAUCCCCCCUGCUGACAUAGAAUCAUGCGACGACGAGGUGAUCCGCCAACUGAAACUUCUGCGUCAGACCAUAGAACUGUUGCGUAGAGAAUUAGCCGAUCAAAAGGGAACUAUAAACAACCUUCAGAACCAGCUACGUAUAUGUUGUAACCGAGUUCCAGCGUCACCGGUCGAGAGAUGCACUGGCUCUUCAUGUUACCCUGGAGUGGAAUGCCGGAAUACCGCUAGCGGCGUGGAAUGCGGCCCCUGCCCCCCAGGAAUGGAGGGCGACGGCAAGCGCUGCAGACCCAUAUCCUGCAGGAGGAGGCCUUGCUCACAGGUGGAAUACUGCAUCGAUAGUGACCAAGGGUUCAGGUGCGAGAGAUGUCCCGGCAGACAGAGCAGUGACGGACAGACGUGCAGGUCGGCAUGUAGCUCCAACCCUUGCUUUGGAGGGCGUGUCCAGUGUCAAGAUCUCCCCGAUGGAAGGUAUCGGUGCGGAGCUUGCCCUGCUGGAUACACCGGAAAUGGCGAGGAGUGUGUGCGACUCGCAUGUCGACCCAACACAUGCCAUCCAGGUGUGGAAUGUCAAGAACUCCCUGAUGGGCAAUAUCGCUGCGGCACCUGCCCUGCGGGCUACUCCGGCGACGGCAAGCAGUGUGUCAGGCUUGUUUGUCAGCCAAACACGUGCUUUCCAGGGGUCGAGUGCCAAGAUCUUCCCGACGGACGAUAUCGCUGUGGUUCUUGCCCCAGUGGCUACACCGGCAAUGGCGAGCAAUGUGUCAGGAUAGCUUGCCAGCCAAACUCCUGCUUUCCCGGCGUAACUUGCGAGGAAACUGCUUCUGGACCUCGCUGCGGUUCCUGUCCGAGCGGUUACCUUGGUGACGGUCGGCGAUGCCAGAACUUAUGCGAAUCCCGGCGCCCUUGCGGCGAGAGGCGAUGUACUACUAUCACGACCAGCCCUUACUACCAAUGCGAAGGAUGCCCCAAGGGCUACGAGUGGAACGGAUAUACUUGCGUAGAUAUGGACGAAUGUGAUCUAAUCCGUCCAUGCGACGAGUUGGUAUCGUGUAGGAACGUGGACGGCGGCUUCAUAUGCGGUGCUUGUCCACCUGGGUACUCCGGCAGCUCUGGCUGGCAGGGGGCCGGGGACGAGAGGCGUCGGGAGACUUGCACUGACGUGGACGAGUGCUCGCUUGGACGAGAUGUGUGUCCUAGAGGCCGACUGUGUGUUAAUACACUCGGUUCAUUCACGUGCGUGCCCUGUGGUGGACACUACUAUGUGAACACGUCGCGGCCGUGCUUCGAGGCAGACUCUCUGAUUCGUCCGCGAUGCGACCCGGCGCGGUGUCGUCGCUUCAACGCUGUUUGUGGAUACGGAAUCAACUGCGUUUGCGCCACUGGAUGGGCAGGCAAUGGAACUGUUUGUGGACCUGAUAGCGAUUUGGACGGGUAUCCUGACCAUCAACUAUCGUGCCCUGACAUCCAUUGCAAUGCUGACAACUGCCCUCAAGUCUCCAACUCUGGGCAGGAGGAUGCUGAUAAAGAUGGCAUCGGUGAUUCUUGCGACACGGAUGCUGAUGGAGACGGGAUACCUAAUAUACCAGAUAACUGCCCGCUAAUACCCAACCCAGACCAGCUGGACCGCGACGAGGACCGGAGUGAUAAGCGCGGUGACGCCUGCGACAACUGUCCUCGGAAGUUUAACCCCGGACAAGAAGACGCGGACAGGGAUGGCAUCGGAGACAUUUGCGACCCUGACAUGGAUAACGAUAAUAUUUUAAACAAUCAGGACAAUUGUCCUCGUAUCUACAACCCGGAACAAGAGGAUAUGGAUGGCGACGGUAUAGGGGAUCUGUGUGACAACUGUCCGCGUGUAAGGAAUCCUACACAGGAGGAUUCAGACAGAGACAAUGUUGGCGAUUCUUGCGACAGCGACGUUGACCGCGACCAAGAUGGUGUUCAAGACGGAUUGGACAACUGUCCGAACCUGGCGAACAGUGACCAGCAGGACAUCGAUAAUGAUGGCAAGGGAGACGCCUGUGAUGACGACAUCGACAACGACGGUAUUCCCAACCUGACGGACAACUGCCCGCUGGUGUACAACCCUGAUCAAGCCGAUGCUAAUGCCGAUGGAUUGGGCGAUGUUUGUGACAACGACUACGAUGGCGACAACGUGACCAACGCGCUGGACAACUGCCCCAACAAUUCAAGAAUAUUUAGGACUGAUUUCAGAAACUACAUGACAGUUCGUUUAGAUCCCGAAGGUACUUCGCAACAGGAUCCCAAUUGGGAGAUAGCUAACGAAGGCGCGGAGAUCUUACAGACUCUGAACUCCGACCCUGGCCUCGCGGUGGGUUUCGACAGUAUCGGUGGCGUUGACUUCGAGGGAACACUGUUUGUUGAUUCGCAGAUUGAUGACGAUUAUAUUGGCUUUAUAUUUGGAUAUCAAAACAACAAACGUUUCUACGUGGUGAUGUGGAAGAAGAACACGCAAACAUACUGGCAGACGACGCCGUUCCGCGCCGUGGCCGAGCCAGGCAUACAACUCAAACUGGUCAACUCCAAGACAGGCCCGGGAAAGACUUUGAGGAACGCACUUUGGAAAACAGAGUCUACCCCCGAUCAGGUUAAACUGUUAUGGAAGGACCCUCGCAACGUUGGGUGGCGUGAGAGAACCGCCUACCGUUGGAGACUACUCCAUCGUCCCAAGAUCGGGCUCAUUCGUCUCAAGAUCUACGAGAACAACCGCUUAGUUGCCGACUCUGGUAACCAAUACGACUUCACUCUCAAGGGUGGUCGACUGGGAGUAUUCUGCUUCUCGCAAGAAAUGAUCAUCUGGUCUAAUCUCAUAUAUAGAUGUAAUGAUAAAAUUCCUACAAACAUCGUGUCAGAACUGCCACCUACGAUUAAGAAUAAGAAUUUAGAUAUAGAUCAUGACUUUGUGUACCUUUAGCGAUUCCCCACUAUCGAUUGUUACACUGUGUUAAUAAUGUUAUGUUGUUUGGUACAGUUAAUAUAAAAACAAAAAAAAUUAAACUAACAAAUUUUAUGAUGAACGCUGAUGUAUAUUCAAUGUACCUAACAUUUGAUAAAUUUCCGAAUCCGACUGUAACCACAGAAAAGUACAAAACAAAAACGAUUAACUCAAUGAUUUUUUAAACAUAUGUAUAUAGUUAAUACGUAGGUAUAGAUUUUUAAGAAUAAAUACAAAAUACAAAUGUUUUUA